AGGAGAAACGAUAUUCCAGCCUUCCCCGCCCCGGCACACCAUCGCGCCUCUCCACCCUCUCCCCAUGGCCGCCGCACGCGACCUUGCCGGCAACCAGCCCGGAUCCACCCGCGUCUGCAUCGGAGAAGACGUCGCCUGGUCGGACGUCACAGGCGUCUACGACCGCGACGACUCCCUCAAGGAGAACACCAACCCAAAAUGCUUCAUUGUCAAGAACUACCCCGGCCACAAGGCCGGCAACGGCGCGGCGCGGCGGUUCUCGGGCAACCUGAAGCCUACGGCGGCGCCCAUCAUCGGGAUCUCCGGAAACCUCGGCCAGGGGUGUGCCCGGCGGCACCGCCCACCUGCGAUGUUCCCAAAGAACGCCAAGACCGGCGGCGGCGGGCGCAACCCGAAGCCGGCGGUGCCAGAGCCGGGAUCGCCCAAGGUAUCCUGCAUGGGGAAGGUCCUAUCGGGACGAGAGCGCGACCGCCGCCGGGAGCUGAUCUCCCGGGAGAAGAUGAAGGGCGGCUGCUGCCCCUGGUUCGGUUUCCCGAUCCGUCCCAGCCGCUCGAGGAAGAGCGCCGUGGAGAGCGUCGACUGGUCUCCGCCUCCCAGGCUGCCUCUGGCCUAUGUGGAGCGUAAGAUGGAGGCGAAGGAGGUCAGCACGGAUCAGGCAGCGCCGCCCGCGCCGGCGCCGGCGCUGGCAGGGAUGAGGCGGUUCGCGUCUGGUAGGCGCGUGGCGGAUUGGGCGGCCGGGACGGAAGAGGAUGGACGCUUGGCGAGAUCUGGGCCGUUGUAGCGCGUGUAGGGCUGCUGAAUACUACUCGAAGACUUGUAGUAGAUGACAGUCUGGUCCGUGGCUUUCUGUUGGUUGUUGCUAUGCUUUCAGAGUAGGCGUGUAGAUUUGCCAGAAAAAAGCGUGUAGGAUGAGGAUUGAGUUUGAGGUAAGGGGUUAACUACACCAUGACUGUCAUAUACUAUCUUUAUCUUGGUUUA